AAGCCUCAAGGUCUGCAAAAGAAACAGAAGAAAAACCAAAAGAAUUAAUUCAGUGGAAGACGAAAGUUCUCAUUUUUACACAUCACCCAACCACCGCCACCACCGCCUUCCAUUCCAGCUUCCUUCAUCAACACCCUCCUUUAUAUAUCCCAUCAUCCCUCUUACUUCCCCGCUCCCUCUCUCAUCUCCAUACUCCCUAACUAUAAUGGCUAAAAACACCGUCCUAUCCCGCUACUCUCCCGACACCACCGCCCGCUUCCUCUGCUGCGCCCUCGCCACCCUCGUAAUCCUCGCCGGCAUCACCGUUCUCAUCCUCUAUCUCGUCUACCGCCCUUCCCACCCCCACUUCGCCGUCCUGUCCGCCGCCAUCUACCGCUUAACCAACGCCACCUCCGCCGCCCCCGCUUCCGCCAUCUCCACCUCCUUCCAGUUCACCAUAUCCAUCCACAACUCCAACGGCCGCACAUCCAUCCAGUACGACCGCCUCUGCGCCUACGUCGCCUACCGCGACCAACCCAUAACUCCGCCGACAUCGCUGCCGUUGCUUUACCAGGUGUCCGACGGAACGGUGACUGUAUCGCCGGUGAUUGGAGGAGAAGCCGUUCCCGUUUCGGCGGAGGUGGAGGCAGGCUUGAUGACGGAGGAGGCUUUUGGAGUGGUGCCGCUAAGGUUGGUGAUUACGGGUCGGCUAAAGUACCGGCCGGGCCCGUUUAAGAGUGGGUGGGUUAAUGUGUAUGUUAAGUGUGAUGUGCUUGUUGGGCUGAAGAAGGGAGUAUCUGGUCUGGUGCCGUUGCUUGGCCAAAGUGAAUGCGAUGUCGACACCUGACGGCCGGGUGGCUGUCGGUGGCCGGAGAGUCGGGUACUGGUGUUUGGUUCUCUUUUGUUGGUUCGGGUUGGUUUUGUUGGUAUGUUUUAAGAGUGUAAAUAAUUUAUGGUUAAUUGUAAUUAGGGCGCAUUAUGUUCUAGAAAAUUAUGUUUUGAUGUAAUUAGGCAUCAAAAUAGAGGGUUUGAAGUGAUUGUGCUCUCCAUGAAAUUGGCAUUGGCAAAUGUAAAUGUGUUAUUUUAUUAGGAUUUUAUUUUAUUUUUUGCUAAAA